UAGGUCAGGGUUUGCUGAUAGUUUCUGUUAGAGCAGUGAACUCUGAAUUAGUCCCAGCCUCUUUAAAAUGCUAUGAGGUAGCAGGGAGUAGAGAAAUCAAGGAGCUGACUGCAGAAGUGGAACAAUGUCCUGACAGAUGGCAAGAGGCCAUGCUUUUCCACUGACAUCCGCCACGAUUCAAUCAGGCCAUGGUUAGAUUUAAAGUGGCAGUGGCGCUCCACAUACUCUUCAGCUGGAUUUACAGAGGUGUCAUAAACGUUCACUGCUCUGGAUACGUGUGGAUAGAGCCAGCUCCAGUCAUUCAGAUGGGUUUGAACAUUUCUAUAAAUUGCCACUCUACGGUAAACUGUCAAAUGGCAAAGUUAUACAUGAUACUAAAUGAAACUCAUAUAGAAGAGAAAUUAUUAACAACAAUAAACAAAACUACAGUACAACUUCAGCUUCGUGAUUUCAGGAAACCAUAUUCCACUGUCCUAUGUUAUGCCAAGUGUCCCAGCAAAGCGGCAAAUAUGAUAGUAUGUGGAACACAGUUUUCUGCAGGAUAUCCACCGGACAGUCCAACCAAUUUAACUUGUGUCAUUUAUGAACAUUCAGACCACCUAACUUGUGCUUGGGACGCAGGGAAGUACACCUACCUAAGUACUAAUUACAUUCUCUACCUGAAGAGUUUACAGACAGAGGAGGAGAAAGCAUUUCCUUCGAAUGCAGCACACAACGUUUCAUUGAGCAAAUUACAAGGAGGCAAACUGUAUUCUAUUUGGGUCCAAGCCAAAAAUGACCUGGGCACAGCACAUUCGGAGCAUCUGCAAGUUAACCUUGAGGAUUUAGUGAUACCAGCUACACCUGUUGUCACCAAUGUUGAAACUACAGACAGCUCAGCACCGAAAACCAUACUCCACUGGAAAAAGCAAACAUCCAUGGAGAACGUAUAUUGUGAAGAGAGACACAAAGCACUGGCAGACCAAACUUGGCAUAUGAAAGAAUGGGACAUAAAUGUGACAAGAGGGCCACACCCAGACUACAGCCUGGAGGCGAACACAGAGUAUGAGUUUCAAGUGAGAUGCCGAUUAAUUCUUGCCAAAAGCUAUUGGAGUGGAUGGAGUGCGCCCUUUAUUUACAAAACCCCAGAAGCAGCACCUUCUAAAAUCCUGGAUGUGUGGAGGGUUAUGGGUCCAGUAUACAUGAACGGUAGCCGAGAAGUGACGGUCUUGAUAAAGCCUCUCGCUCCAAAAGAUGCCAGAGGAAGAAUUCUGGGUUACACUGUGUUCCAUGAAAGUCAGGGAGAAAUGAUUAACUUAUGUAACACAUCAGACACCAAAUGCAAAGUUCUGGUUUCCCCAGCAAUGCGUACCAUCCAUGUGACUGCAUAUAAUUCAAAGGGAAGUUCCAUGCCAGCCGGUAUAACAGUGACCCAAGAGCACAGUAAUUUUAACGAUUUCCUAUCCCCCAUCAACAUGCAGAUUAGCCAUGAUGACAACAGAGGAAUCUCUGUCAAAUGGGAACUGCCUAAAAACAUUGGAAGAUCAGUUCUGUGGUUCAUAGUUGAAUGGAUUUCUGCAGCUCAGCAUAAUCAGCAACACGAUUUUUUAUGGAAGAAAAUCCCCAGCCAGGAUACAUUUACAUAUAUAGAGGGCAACAUCACAUCAGGAAUUCACAUGAACCUUUCAGUAUAUGCAGUGUAUCAUGAUGGAAUAAGCAAGCCAUGUCUUGGCCAGCUCUAUCUGGUGGAUUUAGUGAAAAGGCUUCCAAACACAAGCAUUUAUACUGAACCUGUAAUCGUCGCCACAGCUACAGGGGAGAUUUCCUAUGAUAAUGAUGGAGAAGUUUUUUGGGGAAUAGGCACUGGUGCGAUCAUACUAUCAAUUGUUUUCUUAACUUUGAUAUUUAAAAAAUCACUUAGAAAAAGAGUUAGCACAGCACUUGCAUCAUUGGCACCAAAAUGGCUGACUGAAGAUUUUCCUAAUGUGGAAAACAGCAGUGUGGUAAAGUCACUCCAGGAAAAAUGUGAUUUAAUGAGUAGCAAUUCCACCCACUUGUUCUUGAAUAAUUGUGACCCAAUCGUUACGGAAGUACUAGAGACAUCACUGCAGGAGGAGUGCAAGACCACAGACACCAAAAAGGGAAACAGAAAAAUGGCCACUGAGCAUAUGGACAUCUCUCAAAACUCACUGCUUGUCAGCACUCCAGACACUGAGCAGAACAAUGGCUAUAAGCCCCAGGUUUCCAACAGAAGCCGACUGGGAAACGUAUUUAGUAAUACUUACGAAACACAGGCCCAAGCACUGGAUCCAAACACAUAUCUCUCAAGCCAAGAUACACAUGUUUUCUUAAAAGAUUAUACAAGUCCUAUUACUUCCUUGUGGAAUGCUGAAGGAACUGGGAGCAAUACAUUUUUACUUGAGAAGAUUAACCUCAUUUUAAACAACAACAGAAGUGGACAGAGCAACACUUUCUGUACAACAGAUGAAGAACCUAAUACACUUUUGGAAAACCAGUGGAAGAGUCCACCAUCCACUGAAAAUGUUCAAGAGCAGUCAUUAGUUCCAGAUGAGUUGGUCUCUUGCUUAGGAGUGGUGACUGAAGAAUCCAUAGGUAUAAAGUCCUAUUUUCCACAAACUGUUGGUAAGCUAUUUCAAUAGAAAUAAUUGUAAUAAAGAAAUAAAACUAUUUUAUGGCCAUAAUA